AUGCGGGCUGAGGCGAGUGCUGACCUCCCGCCUGCGGUUGUGGCCGUGGGCACUGCAGAUUUCCUAGAGAUUGAUGGCCAGGAGCCUCUUAGCUGCGUGCCGGCAGACUGGUCGGAGCGGAUACUGAAGAUGCGGUAUAAGUCUGAAGUUGGAGUGCUGUGCGAGGCGCCCAUGCACUACAGCCAGAAGAAUGAGUUCGGCCUUCGCCCUUGGGGAUCCGAGGCCAAAGGCAAGGUUGUGGUCGCCAUCCGGGGCGAGGUCGAAUUUGAGACCCUGGCCCGACGAGCAGAGGAAUCGAGGGCUGUAGGCCUCGUCAUCGUUGACAACGAGGAUGAGUGGGAUGGCGAUUUCGAGAUGACCCUCGAGGAGAGACACCGGCCGCCGCCCGGCGUGCCCGCGGUGCUGGUGCCAAAAACCUCAAGAAGCAAGCUCCGAGAGGGGCUCAAGGUAAAGAUUGUCAGAAAAGUCGAGCGAAGUCUCUCCAGCAGCGAAGAAAAGUUAGUUCAGUUCCUGCGCCUGCGCGGCGUGGAGGUGGGCCUGCAGCUCCAGUGA